AUACAGACCAGUUUGACCGAUCAUGAAAGCUGUGAGCUGUGGCCUGCUGGCUUGCCAUUUUGUGACGCCUCGCGUGAAGUCCCGUAAACAAAUUCUUAUUUUUUAGUUGUUCGCGGGCAAGAACGCGUGAUGUCCAAGCGUAGAAUUGAAGUCGUGGACCCAUAUAUCAAGAGAAGACCAGUUGGGUCAACAUCUAAUAGUAUGGCUGUCGUUCCUCCAACACCAAAAAAUCAAGUUCAACUUAAUCCUUAUACGGGUCUACCAUACACACCUAGGUAUCAUGAAUUCUAUAAGAAAAGAAUCACGUUACCUGUGUUUGAGUAUCGUGCAGACUUUAUGCGGCUUCUUGCCCAGCAUCAAUGUAUAGUACUUGUGGGAGAAACUGGUUCUGGUAAAACAACCCAAAUUCCACAAUGGUGCGUGGAACAUUCUUUAUCUAUGGGAACAAAAGGUGUUGCUUGUACACAACCAAGAAGGGUUGCAGCUAUGUCUGUGGCUCAGCGAGUUUCAGAAGAGAUGGACGUUGCUCUUGGUCAAGAAGUAGGAUACAGUAUUCGUUUCGAAGAUUGUAGUUCAUCAAAAACUGUAUUAAAAUAUAUGACCGAUGGUAUGCUUCUUCGAGAAGGAAUGUCAGAUCCCAUGCUGGAUACAUACCAAGUAAUAUUACUUGACGAAGCUCAUGAAAGGACAUUAGCUACCGAUCUAUUGAUGGGUGUUCUUAAAGAAGUUAUCAAACAAAGACCAGACUUAAAACUCGUUAUUAUGAGUGCAACCCUUGAUGCUGGCAAGUUCCAGCAAUACUUUGACAAUGCUCCCCUUAUGAAUGUACCGGGCAGAACCCAUCCUGUUGAAAUAUUCUACACACCGGAGCCAGAACGCGAUUACCUUGAAGCUGCCAUUAGAACUGUCAUUCAGAUUCACAUGUGCGAAGAAGUUGCUGGGGAUUUACUCUUGUUUCUCACUGGUCAGGAAGAAAUUGAAGAAGCUUGCAAGAGAAUCAAAAGAGAGAUGGACAAUCUUGGCCCAGAUGUUGGUGAAUUAAAGUGUAUACCAUUAUAUUCAACACUUCCACCGAAUCUACAGCAAAGAAUUUUUGAACCCGCUCCGCCAAACAAACCAAAUGGCGCCAUUGGUAGGAAAGUCGUAGUAUCUACUAACAUUGCUGAAACGUCUUUGACUAUUGAUGGAGUAGUGUUCGUCAUAGAUCCCGGUUUUGCCAAGCAAAAGGUUUACAAUCCUAGAAUUCGCGUAGAAUCUCUACUCGUUUCUCCAAUCAGUAAAGCAUCCGCCCAGCAAAGAGCAGGUCGUGCAGGACGUACGCGGCCCGGAAAAUGUUUUCGAUUAUACACAGAAAAAGCGUACAAGAACGAGAUGCAGGAGAAUACCUAUCCAGAAAUUCUACGAUCCAAUCUUGGAAGUGUAGUGUUGCAGUUGAAGAAACUUGGAAUUGAUGACUUGGUUCACUUUGACUUCAUGGACCCUCCAGCUCCGGAAACUCUAAUGCGAGCGCUAGAACUACUCAACUACUUAGCAGCACUUGAUGACGAUGGAAACUUGACCGACUUGGGUGCCGUAAUGGCGGAAUUCCCACUGGAUCCACAAUUGGCAAAGAUGCUCAUCGCUUCGUGUAAUCACAAUUGCAGCAACGAAAUACUCAGCAUUACUGCAAUGCUCUCAGUCCCACAGUGUUUUGUGAGACCUAACGAGGCCAAAAAGGCUGCGGACGAUGCCAAAAUGAAAUUCGCACAUAUCGACGGUGAUCACCUGACACUAUUGAACGUUUACCACGCAUUCAAACAGAAUGUUGAGGACCCACAAUGGUGUUAUGACAAUUUUGUGAACUACCGGUCAUUGAAGAGUGGUGAUAACGUCAGACAACAAUUGAGCAGAAUUAUGGACAGAUUUAGCUUAAAACGUACUUCAACAGAAUUUACAUCAAAGGAUUAUUACAUCAAUAUCAGAAAAGCACUUGUCAAUGGUUUCUUUAUGCAGGUUGCUCAUCUAGAGAGGACAGGACAUUAUCUUACAAUUAAAGACAACCAAAUUGUACAACUUCAUCCAAGUAGUUGUUUGGAUCACAAACCAGAGUGGGUCAUUUAUAAUGAAUUUGUCCUGACGACCAAGAAUUACAUUAGAACUGUCACAGAUAUAAAACCUGAUUGGUUAUUGAAGAUAGCACCACAAUACUAUGAUCUGCAGAAUUUUCCACAGUGUGAAGCUAAAAGACAGCUAGAAGUGAUUCAAGGGCGAUUAGAUUCCAAACAAUACCAGGAAGGUUUCUAACCUCAAUAGCCUUCUAGCCCCCUUUGAAAAUCACAAAAAGUGGUUGAUGAUAACAUUUGUCUAUCGUACCAUUUCUGUCCUGAACGCUGAAAAUUAAUCACUCUGAACGAACGAGUAUACUUGCAAUUGCCCCUGGCAAAUUAUGAAUCCCUCUACCGUCGAUCUUUUAAUUUUAUGGAGUAAUAUUCAACAGAAUUAGAUUUUGUGUUUCACCGUGAAGAAGUGAUAAGUCGAGGUAAAUUUGCAUUUUUUUAAGAAUCUUGAGGCAAAAUUAUGUACGGUGGAGGAUUAGAAAAAGUACUUUAUGGUUACACACUCAUGCCAGGAAAAAUAAGCCAAUUAAAAAUUGAGAAUAUUCACAGGCUAAAAGCACGCAACCGCGUGAAAUCACCUGACGAAGUUAUUUAUGUACAAUUUCAAAACUUUAGCAACUAAGUGAUUUUACUGGUAGAAUUUGUUGAUAGACAGUAACGCAUUCGGAAUGUCACGCUAGGCAGAAUAAACGAAUUUUUCUAUUGAAUAUUAAAGAAUAUGUCGAAACAGGUUAUAUAAAAAAGAAACAGAAUUAUCGACCAAAGGAGAAGUGCACUAGCGUGCUCUUUCUUUAAAAAAAAAACCCAUCGAUUUUUCUGUACCAAACUAAUCCGUGAAAAUAUAAAGAUGCCUUCGCUUUCGAAAGUUUACUCCUCGCCGAAUUAAUAAAAUUCUAUUUAUUUAUGUUUUAACGACUUCAGCGAAGAUUGUGGUUCCUUAUGGUCAUGGUGUGUCCAACCACGAGUAUGAAACUUUAGAAAGCGAAUCGUUAGAACUAUAGCAAAAUUAUUGUAUAACAAGAAAAGGAAAGAAAAUGUGAUAAUAGUUGAGCGAGUAAAAAAAUCUUACGUUUUCAAUAUUCUUCCAGCAUCUAAGAAAGUGACGUGAAACAAAGCAUAAAGAUAUCAAAAGUACUUUGCAACAGAGUAUAAGUUGGAUAAAUCCAAAUUAUCACAGUUAGCAGCGUAGUACCACUAAAUACCUUGUAGUCCCACAUAAAUGACGUUUUGUCAAAAUAAAAAAAAGUCCAACACGUA